CCAUCAUCUUAGUAUUAGAAUAGUACCUGGCGUUUCACGAUGACCGUGAAUCUGCACUCUCGCACCUCGUGGGUUUGUUCUCAGCUCGCUUUUGCACAGCCAUCAUCAGGCCAUCUGAUUCUCCUCUUACCUGUACUCUAUAUCCCUUGGGUCUUUUGUAAUUUAACAUCUCCCCUCAUCCAUUCCCUUGACCCUCUCUCACGCUGCUGCCGCGCGCCCUGGGGCCGCAACAUCCAGAAUCCUACUCGUGUCUCUCGGUGCACGCGUCGCCACGGUCCGCGGCGGCGUUUUGGCACGGCCGCGCCUCUACCGCAACAGAAAUAGCAGUAGUAGUAGCAUCGCCAACAUGCCGAGACGCAGCACCCGCCUCUCGGACAAGGCCGCGACGGCCAAACUACCUGAGCGUGAGCGUGAGCGUGAGACAGAAGAGGCACCAGUACCGGCAUCGACCACCACGAGCGGCGUCAUAACCCAGGCCAAGGCGACGAAGAAGAAGAACAAGCCCAGGACCGCACGAGCCUCGGCCUCGACUUCUUCAUCAUCGUCAGCUACACCCUCAACUUCCUCCACAACAACACCGGCGACGGAACCCUCAUCGACAACGGCUUCAUCAUCACCAUCAUCAUCAUCCACCACCCCCGAAAUCAUAUCCUUCCCCGACGCCGCCUCCUUCACCGCCUGGCUCUCCCUCCACGGCUCCUCCACCCCCUCCGGCAUCCUCCUCCGCAUCGCCAAAAAGUCCUCCCCCGUCCCCUCCGUAUCCUACCUCGACGCCGUCGACGUCGCCCUCUGCCACGGCUGGAUCGACGGCCAACGCCGCCGCUUUCUUCCCGCACCCUCCACCUCUACCGCCUCCAGCUUCUCUACCACCAUCACCUCCUCUACCACCACCACCUCCUCAUCCGACGACGCCAAUGGCAAUGCGCACUUCUUCCUCCAGCGCUUCACCCCGCGCCGCCCCCGCUCCCUCUGGUCCCGCCGCAACGUCGACCGCGUCGCUGCCCUCACUGCCCUCGAUCGCAUGCAGCCCGCCGGCUGGGCCGAGGUCGAGGCCGCGCGCGCCGACGGCCGCUGGGAGCGCGCGUACGCGGGGCCCGCGGCCAUGGAGACGCCGCGCGACUUUGAGGACGCGCUGCGUGCGUACCGGGGGGAUGGGGAUGGGGAUGGAGAUGGGGAUGAUGGUGGCGGCGGCGUGGCGUGGAGGAGGUGGGAAGCGCUGGGCAGGUCCAAGAGGUAUCCCUUCCUGUGGCGCAUCGCGACGGUCAAGCGCGAGGAGACGCGCCGGCGCAAGAUUGACGAGUACGUGCGGCUGCUGGCGGAGGGGAAGACGCUGUCAUGACGAGUACACGGGCUUGGUACGAAGUUCUUACACGUGUUGCUGCUUCUUGUGAUUGCAUCGGCAUAUAUGCGCCGGGGUAUAAGAAAAAUAAUGCCGUCUCUAUGUCAAACAUGAAUGCACCAAAGACUCCGAAAUCAUCUUACAAG